AUGGCUUCGUUGUUCCGAUCUGUCGCCCGUCCCUCCACCUUGAGAGCUGUUGCAGCUACCAAUCCCGCUCGAUGCCUGACCACCGCCGACAAAACUUUUGUUCGGAUGAAGGCAACUCUUCCUGACCUUUCCUACGACUAUGGUGCCCUGGAACCCGCCAUCUCCGGCAAGAUCAUGGAGCUGCACCACAGCAAACAUCACCAGACCUACGUGAACUCGUACAACGCCGCCGCCGAUCAAUAUGCUGCCGCCGAAGCCAGCGAUGACGUUGCCGCAAAGAUUGCUCUACAGCCACUGAUCAACUUUCACGGUGGUGGCCACGUCAAUCACACCUUGUUCUGGGAGAACCUUGCACCCAAGAACUCGGGCGGCGGCGAGCCUCCCUCCGGAGAGCUGGCCAAGGUCAUUGAUAGCACCUAUGGAAACUUGGAAGAGAUGAAGAAAAAGUUCAAUGCUGCUCUGGCAGGUAUCCAAGGUUCCGGUUGGGCUUGGCUGGUCAAGGACACCCAGACCGGCAACAUCUCGAUCCAGACAUAUGCGAACCAGGAUCCUGUUGUUGGCCGAUACAAGCCUCUGCUGGGUGUCGACGCCUGGGAACACGCUUACUAUCUCCAGUACCAGAACCGAAAGGCCGAGUACUUCAGCGCCAUCUGGGAUGUCAUCAACUGGAAGGCUGCCGAGAAGAGAUUUUCCAGUUAA